ACUUCAUUAUAACAAGCACAGUGCUGACCAAGAUUAUCUGUCAAGAUUUUCCUGUUGAUGACAGUGAGUCAAGUUUAUUGAAAGAAACGACUUUAAAAAGAUAGCAUUCCAGAGAGAAAAAUGAGAAUUUAAUUCCUGUUUAGAAGUUGGUUUCCAUAAAUAAUGGCAGCGACAGGCAUCGAUCAGGUUCUGAAGCAGGGACUUAGUAAGUACAAGUAUGCAGACAUUGCGAGGAGAGAUGUGACAAAUGCCGUUACACAGUUCAAAGACCUGCGGCCGAAUCACAGCCCCUUCAUAUUCAACGAUGGAACCAGCAAAGAUCUCCUCAACCUGGAUGGUACGAUACCUGUCUCAUACAGAGGCAGUGUGUAUAAUAUUCCUGUUGGAGUUUGGAUCUUGGACACACACCCGUACAAUCCACCCAUGGUGUUUGUGAAGCCCACCAGUACAAUGAAGAUCAAGUCGGGGAGGAAUGUCGACACCAACGGAAAAGUCGAUCUGCCGUAUCUACGUGACUGGCGAUAUCCCCAGUCGGAUCUGCUAGGCCUGAUCCAGAUUCUGGUGAUUGUGUUUGGAGAAGAACCCCCAGUGUUUUCCAGAGCUGCAGCUCUCACAGCCCAGUCACACCCGCCUUACCCAGGGGCGGGGCCAACUCCUUACCCCGGACAGACACCCUACCCAAUGCAAGGUGGUGGUGGCUACCCCAUGCCAAUGCCAGGCAGUGUAAACCAACCCCCGGAGUAUUCCCAAUAUCCUGCUCCCAAUACCCAGUACCCCGCCUCCGGAUUCACAGGCUACCCUGGUGGUGGUUCUACGGGGUACCCCAGCUACCCUCCCUCUGGGUACCCGCCACAGUAUCCCAGUAGUACAAACACGUACGGGGCACCAUCUAAUCUUCCGUACCCACAGUACACCGCACCGGGAACCAACACAGUAACGUCAAGUGCCCAGCCCGGGAGUACUAAUACAGUUACAGAGGAACAUCUACGUAUGUCGUUACUGUCAGCGGUGGAGGAUAAAAUGAAAAGGAGGCUACGUGAGAUGUUUGAACAAGCACAGGCUGAGAUGAAUGUUCUUCACAAGACUCAAACUGACCUGCUAAAGGGGAAAGAAAAGCUGGAAACUAUGGUCCGGAACCUAGAGAAUGAAAAGGGGGAGAUAGAGAACAAUAUCAAGCUUCUACAGGACAAAGAUCAGGAAGUCAAGGAGGUCCUGAGAAAGCUUGACAGUCAGGACAAAUUGGAUAUAGAUGAGGCUAUCAUAACCACCACGCCCCUGUAUAGACAAUUGCUGAAUUCCUUUGCUGAGGAGCAGGCAAUAGAGGACGCUAUCUAUUACCUUGGGGAAGCCCUGCGUAAGGAUGUCAUUGACAUGGAUGUUUUUCUCAAGCAAGUUCGAGAGCUUUCCAGAAAGCAGUUCUUUUUACGAGCCUUAAUACAGAAAUGUCGUGAAAAAGCUGGCCUUCCUCCAAUGGCUUGAUUGUUUAUCAUCAAUUUCUUACAGCGAGGAUUGCUCAUUGUUAGAUAGACUACAUACAUAAUCACAUUUCUGUCACAGCAACAUGUUGUGUGGAUGUAAGGAAAUGGGACUUUUGUAAUCAAGGAAAUGUGACAUUUAUGACUAAGGCAAUGCGAAUCUUUUUGCAUCCAAAGAAAGAAAAAGUUUUUUUCUCCACAAACUGAUUGUGAUGAAAUUUUCUUCAUUUGAAAGUGAGACGUAUGAAUUCAGAUUUGAAUGAGCGAUCACUUUCAAGAUUUUUGUCCUUGAUCAACAGACUAGUGUUCACCCAUCAAGUGGCAUGCUACAAAAUAUGAAGUUAUCCCCUGUAAGCAUCAAAGUAAUGUGGAAAUCGAACAGCACAGAUUUUGACAAAAUUUUACACAAAAUAUACAUACUUUCAUUUUGUCUUUUAAUCAUGACACCUUUAAAAAUAUGCUUUGACUCAUGUUUCCAAGGCAACUCUUGUAAAGACGUGGCCUCAGUAAUUGUUGAAUUUUCAUACUAAAAAGGUGUAUAUUCACUUUUCAUUCAACUUCCCAUUACUAUUUUACUAAGCUAUCUUUUGUAUGUAAUUUUAUGAAAUAAAAUUAAUUCGCCAGAAAUUCAUUAAACAUAAAGUACCUAUCCUUCACUAUGAAGAAAAUUUGAUGCUUACAAAUAAUGGCUCUGUAAUAUCUGCUCCUUACUGACAAUAGAGUUAUAAAAUAUUAAGACAGAAUGCCUGAAUUAUUUUGUGGUAUGAAGGACCAGGGUGUCUGGAUUCCAUCUGUCUGUUUGAUGUGUGGGUAGCCUGUUGUCGGUAUGGCGUUCUGUUUAUACGAUAUGAAUAUGUAUCACCUGAUGGUAUCUUAUGUAUCAUGCCUUGGAAUGCUCUAAUCAUAGAUUGAUUUCCAAACAUUAAAUUAUACAUGGAGAGGGGUAUUCUUAUUCAGUUCUUGUGUCAAACUGAGACGCCACUCUUCAUCCAGUCUCAGAAUGAUAAACAUUAUAUUCUUCACGUCACUUUGUAUUUAUCUUGUAAAUUGUAUCAGUCACCUGUCCAUUGUGAUGUAACAAUUGCAUGUACAUGUUUACAAACAUUUGUACAUUUAGUUCUGUCUUACAGUCAGACUAAAAGAUUUAUUGUCAUUUAAAUACUGUGAAUAAGGAAUUGUUGUGUUAAUUUUUCUCGAAAGUAGAUCAAUAUGCUAUUGAUUUAUUUUGUGUGUUAAAAUGUAACGCCUUGUUUCUGUGUUGAAUAAAAGAAGAGCUCCACAAGGUGGGGCACCCACCUAAAGUAGGCUUUCCUCUAUCAAGUCCUACUGACCUUCAGUUUUGACCUUUUGACCCCAAAAUCAAUAGGAUUUUUCCUCACCAGAUAACAAAGCUACAUGUAUAUUUGAAGUAUCAACUCAAUCAAGCGAAAAUUGUAGCCUCUAGAUUAAAUCAGGACCACCCCACCCAAAAAUUGUAGCCUCUAGAUUAAAUUAGGACCACCCCACCCCCUUUCGAACGACUUCCUUUGCAAUUAAAGUUUCCUCUCUGGUUAUGCACAAUUGAUUUCAUGAUAUAAGAUUUCUGGGUAAUAAAAUAUUAUCAAACUUGUU